GACAGCGCGAGCCUCGGCCGGCCCCGUCUUCAAGGGCGUCUGCAAGCAGUUCUCCCGCUCCCAGGGCCACGGGUUCAUCACCCCGGAGAAUGGCACAGAGGACAUCUUUGUGCACGUGUCUGACAUCGAGGGGGAGUACGUCCCGGUGGAGGGGGACGAGGUGACGUACAAGAUCUGCCCCAUCCCUCCCAAGAACCAGAAGUUCCAGGCGGUGGAGGUGGUACUCACCAACCUGGCGCCCCACACGAAGCAC